GAGGCGACUACUAUUUCUUUCAGUUAUUAGUAGCAUUCAUUCAUUCAACUUUGUGCCGCUCGAGCGUGCGUAUAUAGUUCCCUCUCAUCAGUAACAGUAUCAGUAACAACAUCAGUAACAUUUCCUUCGCGAGUACCUUCAACAGAGAUACAAAUCGAUCUAUCCAUUCUACGGACAUACGAAACGAAAAUCGCCCGACACUGAAACUCAGCUAAAGAAAUCGGUUAGCCCCAACUCGAGUCCGAAGAACGCGUAACUCCAGUGCAUCCCAUUGGGUGUCUGCCUUAAAGUGCGCCAUAAACUAAAAGCCAAACCUAAACGUCGGCGGCGAGGAAAAAUAAAUAACGCCCACCGAAACGCAACACCACCUACUGGUCACCCGUGGCAAACGAGAAGGGGGCGGAGAGGCGAAAUCACAGAGCAGCGAUAUACGGGCCAAGUAGAUAAAGCCGCCAGGACAGGGGAAAGAGGCAGUGGCAGCGACGUUGCCGCUCUUCACCGACCGACCAAUCAGCCAAAAAAGGCAGCAAUUAAGCGCGGUGUUAUCGGAACAGAUAGCGAUUAGAGGCGAGAAAAUAGGCCCCAUUGAGUGGAAAAGCCCCUUUGCCGAGCCAAAGAGCGCACUAGAGAGCUCCGCCAGGCGGGAGUCACUCGCAUACGAAUCCCCAUUCACCGAGAGCGGGAGCAGCCAGCUGGGAGAGCACCGGAGCAGCCCCACGUCGCCGCACCACGAGGAGCACCACGAGCACCACGAGCACCCCACACUCAAGCACUCAAGCACUCAACCUCAAACGCCGGGCACCAGUACACAUACCGCCUGUCAAAAUGUUUGCUGUAAUGCGAAUCGACAACGAUGACUGCCGGUCCGAUUUCCGCCGCAAGAUGCGUCCGAAGUGCGAGUUCAUUUGCAAGUACUGCCAGCGGCGAUUCACCAAGCCGUACAACCUGAUGAUCCACGAGCGCACCCACAAGUCCCCCGAGAUCACCUAUUCGUGCGAGGUGUGCGGCAAGUACUUCAAGCAGCGGGACAAUCUGCGCCAGCACAGAUGUAGUCAGUGUGUUUGGCGAUAAGCUAAAAUACCACAUAAACAUAUAUAUAAAUAUAUAUAAAACCACACACAGAGCAAUAUAUAAAGUAAAACCGAUAUCUAAGCACCGCAGCACCAACAACAGCACGCAAUAUCACAGCUAUAUCUUACACACACAUAAUGAAUGAAUGGGAUCUGAUGAGGCAACUGCAACACACCCGCCUACUUCUUCAUGCACCACUCUCUAAACAUAUAAAUACCUGCAACAGCAGCAACUGCAACAUUGCUUAAACCACUAGAUGCAAUCUACAGCCACGACAAGCGAUUAUAGUGAACGGAAUGCUAAGUUCAGGUGUUGGUUUUCAAUCUAUUCGGUUAUCUGGUCUAUACAAUGCACUUGCCACGCCCCCAUCAACAGCAGACACACUCAAAUAUGCAGAUGUUGCGCAGGCGCAGCACAACAGCAGCAGUUGCAGCAUAGCAGCGGUGGCAACCGUUGCAACAGUUGCAGCGAACAUUGCAACAGCAGCCACCAUAUUUUCAAUAAUAUUUCCAGAAAUCUUCACAUGGACACUUGUGGGCGUGGCUGCUUCGGAAAGUGAUGAAGGCGCACCCUGAGGCAGCCUGCAACUGGCAACAUCUAAUAGCUGAGAACGUAACAAUAAAGUGCAACAGCUAUAUGCUUUUAGCUGCAGCAAUGCAGAAAAUAUCACUUUUAACUGCAAUUAUUGACCGAACUUCCCAAAAUUAAGUUGCAACCAACGUACUAGCAACAUGCAACAUCUAGAAGAAUCCAUUCAAUCCUUCAAGCAUCCCAUCAGCAUCAAAGCAGCAGAAAUCAACAGAAGUCCCAGCAAAACUCAGCAAACUAACUAACAACACAACACAUGCAACACAACAGCAACAUGUUGCUGCUGGCUUUCUCACAUGUGUUGCAAGUGUCGCCAGCGAAAGUGCAAUUAAGCCACAGCUUCUUGGGCUUUUAAAAGUGCAGGCAGCAACAGCAACACACAGAGCAGCGCACCAGCAACAUGCGGCAUGCAACAUGCGUCACACCAGCAACAUGCAGCAUGCAACAUGCGACAACUAUCAGCUGCAAAUAUCUUGCCUUAAAACAUAUUACCGACUUACACACAUACACACACUCUCGCUAUAUUUUAUGAAUAAUAAAAAUU